CUUACACCCACAUCUAUUCGGUUCAUUGUUUCAGGGUAAAAAUGCCUUUCGUUCUGAUCACUGGAGCCUCUAGGGGCAUUGGGUACGAAUUUCUUCGUCAGUACUCAAGUGAUGCGAAAAAUACUGUCAUUGCACUUGUCCGCAACAAAUCUGCCACAGAGAAAAAGGUGUCUGAGGAUGCAGUCCUACAAGGGCGGCCGAACAUUUACAUCCUACAAGCUGAUAUCACCGAUUACAAUGCGUUGAAGCAAGCGGCUGCCGACACGGCUGAGAUCACGGGCGGGUCUCUGGACUACAUCAUUGCCAACGCGGGUCUUGUGCCAAAAUUCGACUUGUUUCUACCGAUUGGCGAACUGGGCAACCAACCGGGAGAGCUCACCAAGACCUUCCGUGAGGCCUUCGAGAUCAAUGUCAUUGGCAACGUUCAUCUUUUCAACCUCUUUCUCCCCCUUAUCCUCGCCGGUCACGUCAAAAAGAUUGUCACCAUAACAUCCGGCCUUGCUGAUAACUCCUUCACCAAUCAAUGGGGGGCCACUCCCGGUGCGUUGUAUGCUGCGAGUAAGGCCGCCAUGAACACUGUUGUUGCCAAGUUCAACGCGCAGUUCAAGAAGGACGGGGUUUUGUUUCUGGCUGUCUGUCCCGGGCCAGUGGAAGUUGGACAUUAUGACGGGGCUACAGCGGAUGACCUAGCUGCCGUGGAACCCCUCCUCAGUAUCUUCAAGGAGUAUUCACCUGGUUAUGAAAGGCCCAAGGCGCCAGAGGUUUCGGUGAGAAUGAUGCGGGAUGUUAUUGAGGCGUCAAGCUUGGAGAAAGGGGAUGGAGGUGCUUUUAUCUCUCAUUAUGGAAACCAACAGUGGGUGUAG